AUGGCGGUCUUCUCUACGGCGUUGGCAGAAGGGCCCCUGCGGAUCGCUACGUUCAAUGUCGAUGCCACGCCGCCGCUGGGAAGCCCUUGUGCUUACAUGCCGGCCGAGCGGAUUCUCGACCCGUUGAGUGCUCGCGGGAUUGUCAUCCUUUCGGACGAAGCCCCCAUCGUGUUGUGCGCGGUCGAUUGGAUUGGAAUUGGCAACGCUGCCCACGAUGCGUGGCGCGAGGCGCUGGCCGAUGCGGCGGGUACCGACAUUCACCAUGUGAGCGUUCACGUGUUGCAUCAGCACGAUGCCCCUACCUGCGAUCUUUCGGCCGAGGCUCUGCUGGCCGAGCAGGGCUUGGGCGGCAAGAUGUUCGAUAUGACCUUCGCCCGACGCACAAUCGACAGCGUGGCCGCGGCGAUUCGCGAGGCGGUUUCGGCACCGGUGGAAAUCUCGCACAUCGGUUUGGGGCAGGCCGAAGUAGAGAAGGUGGCUUCGAACCGUCGCAUCUUGGGGCCCGAUGGCAAAGUGCAGUAUGUACGCUUCAGUUCCUGCACAAACCCCGACGCGGUGGCUGCGCCUGAGGGAGUGAUUGACCCCAAUGUGAAGCUCAUCGCGUUCUAUGAUGGCGAUCGUCCGGUUGCAUCGCUGACUUACUAUGCGACCCAUCCGCAAAGCUAUUAUCGCGAAGGGGAUGUGAGUGCCGAUUUCGUCGGGAUGGCCCGUGCGAUACGGGAAAGUGAUGUACCGGAAGUGACGCACGUUCAUUUCAAUGGGGCCAGUGGCAACGUAGCGGCGGGGAAGUACAACGACGGGUCGCACGAGAACCGGCCCGUGCUCGCCGGUCGCCUGGCCGAGGGAAUGCGGAAGGCGUGGGACAACAUUCGCAAGACGCCAGUCACCGCAGAGGACGUUGCCUGGGAAGUGCUCCCGGUGGCGAUCCCGCCGCGGGAUACACUUAUGGAAGAUGAGUUGCGAGCCCUGCUGGAAGACAAGGAGGCCAACGAAGGUGAGCGGGUGCGUGCGGCUCGCGAUUUGUCGUUCCUCACGCGAGCCAACGGCGGACAGAAGAUUGAGCUAUCCUGCUUGAGCCUAGGCGACGCCCGCGUGUUGCACAUGCCGGGCGAGUUGUUCAUCGAGUAUCAACUUGCCGCACAGGCCAUGCAGCCUGAGCAGUUCGUGUGCAUGGCCGCCUACGGAGACUACGGCCCGGGCUACAUCGGCACCAGCAUUUCCUACGGCCAAGGUGGUUACGAGACCAGUCGCGUUUCUCGAACCGCACCCGAGGUUGAGGGCGUGCUGACCGAAGGGAUUGCAGAGUUGCUGGGAGUGAAAGGUUCGCUGAAGGAUGCCCCGGCGACGCAGGUGCCUUCGUUGAUUAAGUAG